AUGGAUCCUUCUUCCUUUGAUCCGGCCGCGCAGUCGACAUGCACUUCGUGCAUUUACAAAGAAGAUAGAUCGAACUACUGGACCGCUUCCAUUUACUUCAAGUCGCCAGAAAAUGGUACAUAUCGUAAAGUACCACAGAUGGCAAACGGCCGUCGAAACGGAACUCUCCUUGAACAGGAUGGCGGCCUCACCAUAUACUACAUGCGUCCAUUUAGUGGUACGAACAAGAACACUACUGCGAUGAUACCUGGCUUUCGCAUGCUCGCUGGCGAUCCCACCAACCGCAGCAAAGAGGGUACUUACCCAGGCAUCUGUCAUCGUUGUCUGCAGGUUGACGAGCGCAUCAUGGGUGGAGCCGGCGCGCCCUGUUCAGGUAAUGACACUGCCAGUUUUCCCUCUACGCCAUGUCCAGGGGGAAUCCGUGCUACAGUGAUCUUUCCUUCAUGCUGGGAUGGCGUUACUCUUGACUCGCCAGACCACAGAUCGCAUGUUGCGUAUGCGCCCGGCUUUAAUGGUCUCGCGGGCGACUUCUGUCCAAGCAGUCAUCCAGUCCGGAUCCCACAGGUCAUGUAUGAGAUCAUGUUCGACACGUCUGGGUUUGCAGAUCCCAAAUACUACCAAGAUGGUAAACAGCCAUUAGUGUAUAGUUUUGGAGAUGCAACGGGGUAUGGUGCGCAUGGCGACUACUUGUUUGGCUGGGAGGGGAAUGCGCUACAGAGGGGGAUGAAUGCUCUUGGCAAUCAAUGUGGGAGCGAGGACUGUACCUCUACAUUCACAAUCCAGGAUGGCAGAGAUGCAAUUGGAUGUACGAAGGCGCAACAGGCUGUCGAAGAUACAGGGGCAGAUGCAUGGCUUGACGAGCUUCCUGGUGGAGUACAGAUUACAGAAUAG